AUGGCCGACAUGCUGGGCCUGAUGGAGAGACUGGAACGUGCGGUCAGCCGGCUGGAGAAGCUGUCUGCAGGCUCACGUGGGCCUCCUGGAGACUGUGGAGAAGUUAAUGGUGUCAAUGGAGGCGUGGCACCGUCUGUGGAAGCCUUUGACAAGCUGGUGAACAGUAUGGUGGCUGAGUUCUUAAGGAACAGCAGAGUCCUUGCUGGGGAUGUAGAGACCCAUGCUGAAAUGGUGCACAGUGCUUUCCAGGCCCAGCGGGCUUUCCUUCUCAUGGCCUCUCAGUACCAACAACCCCAGGAGAAUGAGGUGGCUGUCCUUCUGAAACCCAUAUCAGAGAAGAUUCAAGAAAUCCAGACUUUCCGAGAGCGAAACCGAGGGAGCAGCAUGUUCAACCACCUCUCGGCCGUCAGCGAGAGCAUCCCCGCCCUGGGGUGGGUAGCUGUGUCCCCCAAACCUGGCCCUUAUGUCAAGGAGAUGAAUGAUGCCGCUACCUUUUACACUAACAGGGUUCUGAAGGAACACAAACACAGUGAUCUUCGCCACGUGGAUUGGGUGAAAUCCUACCUCAACAUAUGGAGCGAGCUUCAGGCCUACAUCAAAGAGCAUCACACCACAGGCCUCACAUGGAGCAAAACAGGUCCUGUAGCACCCACAGCAUCCGUGUUUUCUGUCCUCUCCUCUGGGCCUGGUCUCCCACCACCACCUCCACCACCGCCUCCUCCUGGGCCACCUCCACUCUUUGAGAAUGAGGGUAAAAGUGAGGAGUCUUCUCCUUCUCGCUCAGCUUUAUUCGCCCAGCUUAACCAGGGAGAAGCCAUCACAAAAGGGCUCCGGCAUGUCACAGACGACCAGAAGACACACAAGAACCCCAGCCUGAGGGCUCAAGGACAAACUCGAUCUCCAACCAAAACCCCCACGCCAAGCCCUACAUCUCCAAAAUCGAAUUCUCCUCAGAAGCACGCUCCAGUGUUCGAGCUGGAAGGGAAGAAAUGGAGAGUGGAAUACCAAGAAGACAAGAAUGACCUUGUCAUCUCAGAGACCGAGCUGAAACAAGUGGCUUAUAUUUUCAAAUGUGAAAAAUCCACUCUUCAGAUAAAGGGAAAAAUAAAUUCCAUCACUGUUGAUAACUGCAAGAAGUUUGGUCUGGUGUUUGAUAAUGUUGUGGGCAUCGUGGAAGUGAUCAACUCCAAGGACAUUCAGAUCCAGGUAAUGGGGAGAGUGCCGACAAUUUCCAUUAAUAAGACAGAAGGGUGCCACCUGUACCUCAGUGAAGAUGCACUAGACUGUGAGAUCGUGAGUGCCAAGUCAUCUGAGAUGAAUGUCCUGAUCCCUCAGGGUGAUGAUUAUAGAGAAUUUCCAGUUCCUGAGCAGUUCAAGACCGUAUGGGAUGGAUCCAAACUGGUCACUGAACCUGCAGAAAUCAUGGCCUAA